AUGGGUUACGAGGUGACCCCCAAUGACAGUGACGAAGAAUUCGCUACAAAGGGCACUGCCUCUCCAACCUACAAGGAGAACUACUUCCUUGUGGGACCCUGUUACUUCAAAUAUGCGAUGGAAGAUAUGCAAUUGUCGGAAAUCAAAGGGUUCAAACCCAAGUUGAAGGGUCCAGAAAAUUUCGAUGAAUGGAAAUACGAAUUCAAACUGUGGGCUUUUAAAUUUCAUCCCUGUGUCGAUCAUUACGUUAACGGCUUAUGGCUGAGAGGGCAUAUCGACGAUUCCGUUAAACACUUGUACGAGGGAAUUCCACAGGACGACCUCAACACAUUGAUGGCCAGAACCGAUUUCUUUAUCCUUCUUGUUCUUCGUGAAAGCAUUGACACAAAUCGCCUUGGUGUGACGUGGCAUACAUACCACGAUAUGAUCAGGUAUCUAUAUGAGAGAGGAGAGUGGAGCCAAGCAAGCAGGGAUUUGACUCAAUUGAAAGCAUUCCACAGGAGUCAUGGCAGCCUUAGAAAUUUCCUUCGCUACAAACAUAUCUAUACGUCUACACCUAAAUGGCUCGAGAUCACUGCUUGCACUAUCAAUCCGUUCAGAUACAAGGACAGAGACUUAAGGCACAUGCUCAGAGAGCUUGAUACUGCCGGAUUUGAAAAGGACUAUGAGGCUGCCUGUAAGAAAGAUGAGACUUGUAGGUACGCUAAUGAAGUCCAAUACGUUAUGGUGGAUUUUCAUCUGCGGAUCGCAGAAGAGAUCGAUUUGCAUCACAAGGACAAGGCUAGACAAUUUUAG